AGAUUCAACAGCGUUUUGUAAACAGAAGGCGAUGUGCUAAUCUCCUGAUAUGUUGUAUAGUUAUUCUUUGCCUCUCUCAUCGUGUAUAACGAAGAAUUGCAACGUUGUUUUGUGUUGCUGUGUUUAUGGUUAUUUUAAGAGGCAUGGUCGACUACAUAGGCAAUGUUUGUAGAGUUAACGUUAGUUAACCCAACUAACGUUAGCUAAUUUAUGUUAAGACAAGCUUGGUAACCAGCUAGCUAACAUCCCAUUUGGACAUAAAGCUUUGCGACAAAACAUUUUAAGUUCUGUUUUUGUGUCUCGCUCAGUGUGUCUCAGUUCAUAAUCAGAGAAUAUGAGAAGAAGCUUAGCACCAAGUCAAGUUGCCAAAAGAAGAAGUGGUGAUUCCGACGACGACGAGGACUGGAAUCCUGAACAGACAAGGAAGAGAAGAAAGGGAGAUCCGGACUGCCGAGAGAACUUAAUCUCCCCAUACAGAAAACCUCUCACACAGUUAACCAAUCGACCAGUAUGUGUGGACAGCGGUCAGCACGAGGCCUUUAUUCGCAGCAUCCUUUCAAGGCCAUUCAAAAUUCCCAUAGCCAACUACACAGGUGCACUGGGAAUACGAGCUCUGGGCCUGAAGCGGGCUGGGGUCAGGAAGGCUCUUCAUGACCCAUUUGAGGUGGACGCACUGGUUCUUUAUGAGCCACCGGUUCUGAGUGCCCAUGACAUGAUCAAAGCUGACAAAGACAAACUUCCUGUUCACGUUGUUGUGGAUCCAGUGCUUGGCAAAGUACUGAGGCCUCAUCAGCGAGAGGGUGUAAAGUUCCUUUGGGACUGCGUGACAGGGAGACGUAUCCCUGACUCAUUUGGCUGCAUCAUGGCGGAUGAGAUGGGUCUGGGCAAGACUCUGCAGUGCAUCACCCUCUUGUGGACACUGCUGCGUCAGAGCCCAGACUGUAAACCAGAGAUAGACAAGGCCAUCGUGGUCUCUCCCUCUAGCUUGGUGCGCAACUGGUACAAUGAAGUCGGCAAAUGGCUGGGAGGACGUGUUCAGCCGCUGGCUAUUGAUGGCGGCUCAAAAGAUGAGAUUGAUCGCAAACUAGAGCGCUUCAAUGCACAGCAUGGCUUGAGGGUGCCUUCUCCGAUCCUUAUCAUUUCAUAUGAAACGUUCCGUCUGCACGCUGCAGUCCUGCACAAGGGAAAAGUCGGCCUGGUCAUAUGCGAUGAGGGUCACCGACUGAAGAACUCAGACAACCAGACCUACCAGGCACUGAAUGCCAUGAAUUCCCAGAGACGAGUGCUCAUAUCUGGCACUCCCAUUCAGAACGACCUGCUAGAAUAUUUCAGCCUGGUGCACUUUGUCAAUGCCGGAAUCCUUGGCACUGCGCAGGAAUUUAAGAAGCGCUUUGAGCUUCCCAUCCUGAAGGGUCGUGAUGCAGACGCCAGCGAUAAGGAUAGGGCCACUGGAGAGGAGAAACUCAAAGAGCUUAUUAGCAUUGUGAACAGAUGCCUGAUUAGAAGGACUUCAGACAUACUCUCCAAAUAUCUCCCAGUGAAGAUAGAGCAGGUUGUCUGUUGCAGACUCACCCCUCUGCAGAGUGAGCUGUACAAGCGCUUCCUGCGGCAGGCCAAGCCUGUGGAAAGCCUUCAGGGGGGCAAGAUCAGUGUCUCCUCCCUCUCCUCCAUCACCUCGCUCAAGAAACUCUGCAACCAUCCUUCUCUCAUCUAUGACAAGUGUGUGGAGGGAGAGGAGGGCUUUGAGGGGGCCCUGGAUCUCUUCCCAUCUGGCUACAGCACAAAGGCUGUGGAGCCGCAGCUCUCUGGGAAAAUGCUGGUGCUGGAUUACAUACUUGCGAUGACAAAAAGUACAACAAGCGAUAAAGUGGUACUGGUCUCCAACUACACCCAAACUCUGGACCUUUUCGAGAAGUUAUGUCGAACUCGAAGAUACCUCUAUGUUCGCCUGGACGGAACCAUGUCUAUCAAGAAACGGGCAAAGAUAGUGGAGAGGUUCAACAGUCCUUCUAAUCCCGAGUUCAUCUUCAUGCUGAGCAGCAAGGCAGGAGGAUGUGGCCUCAAUCUGAUUGGAGCCAACCGGCUGGUGAUGUUCGACCCCGACUGGAAUCCAGCCAAUGACGAACAGGCCAUGGCCCGUGUGUGGAGGGAUGGGCAGAAGAAGACCUGCUUCAUCUACAGGCUGCUUUCCACGGGUACUAUUGAGGAGAAGAUCCUGCAGAGGCAGGCCCAUAAGAAGGCCCUUAGCAGCUGUGUGGUGGACGAGGAGCAGGACGUGGAGAGACACUUCUCCCUUGGAGAGCUGCGAGAGCUCUUUUCCCUCAACGAGGAGACCACCAGCGACACGCAUGACCGGUUCCGCUGCAAGCGCUGCGUAAACGGGCGCCAGGUGCGGCCUCCCCCGGAGGACGCAGACUGCACUAGUGACCUGUCCCUCUGGCAGCACUGCUCGGACAAGAGGGGCCUGAAGGACUCGAUGCUCUCGGCCGCCUGGGACGCGGCCGUCUCCUUCGCCUUCCACCAGCGCUCUCACGAGGACCAAAGAGGAGUGGUGUGACCCACUUACUGUGAGACAAAGAGGUUAAACCACAAACCCCAAUUCUCUCUGAAAGGAAUCUGUAAACUCCUAUCGACUGCUGUUGGAGAGACACUAUGUGCAUUAUGGGUAAUGCGGUUGUUUAGGGGAAGCAGGGCCAUGCCUCAGCCAGAACAAAAGUGGAUUACUUAUACCAACCUCAGUAUGUAUAAAUUCCAAACCACAAAUAUUUCCGAGGCUGCUGGCGCCCCAGAAAUUGACUUGAGGUUUUGACAUGUACUUAAGUUACUUGUUUUGCGCUUGUACAUUCGUUUUUUUUAUUUUUAUUAUUUGUGCUGUUUUCCAUUGAAUUUUUUGUGUAUUUAUUGUGUGAAUGCUCAGCAUUCAUGUGUCUUUUUCUGUAAAUAUUUCAUUGUUAAAUGCAUA